UGCAGCUACAUCAUCUCAGCUGAUCCGGAGGAUUCCCUCUGCAGGGAAACAAACAAGCCCUGCCUGUAUGCUCAGCUCUGUACGCCACCAUGGAUUUCAACGUCAAAAAACUGGCUUCUGAUGCAGGGGUCUUCUUCACCCGAGCUGUGCAGUUCACAGAGGAGAAACUGGGCCAGGCUGAGAAGACAGAGCUUGAUCCUCACUUGGAGAACCUGAUCACUCGGGCUGAUGGCACCAAGAACUGGACUGAAAAGAUCCUGAGACAAACAGAGGUGCUCCUGCAGCCCAAUCCAAUUGACCACACUGGUGCUCGAAUAGAGGAGUACAUCUAUGACAAGCUGGACAAGAAGCUUCCCUCCAAGGCGACCAACGCAGAGCUGCUGGGCCAGUACAUGCUGGAAGCUGCCAAUGAUUUUGGUCCAGUGACGCCAUACGGCAGCACGCUGAUCACCGUUGGAGAAUACCAGAAGAGGCUGGGAGGAGCCGAGCGUGAGUUCCUCCACACCUCCGCUACUACGUUCCUCACUCCCCUACGGAACUUCUUGGAAGGAGACUGGAGGACUAUAUCAAAAGAGAGACGACUGCUGGAGAAUCGACGGCUGGAUCUUGACAUCUGCAAGGCCCGCCUGAAAAAAGCCAAGCAGGCAGAAGCCAAAGCAGCGGCUGCACCUGAUUUUCAGGAGACAAGGCCUCGCAAUUAUGUUCUGUCUGCCAGUGCAUCAGCGCUGCUCAGUGAGGAGGUAGACAAAUCAGAGCACGAGCUGCGCGUCGCUCAGACAGAGUUCGACCGACAAGCUGAGGUCACCAGACUGCUUCUGGAAGGCAUCAGCAGCACACAUCUCAACCACCUGCGUUGUUUGCAUGAUUUUGCGGAGGCUCAGGCCACGUACUACGCCCAGUGUCAUCACUACAUGCAAGACCUUCAGAGGGAGCUCAACAGAUGUGCUAACGCCGUUGGGGCACCCCUCCCCCCUGCUGCGGUCUGCCCAAACCCCGUCUCCUCUGCUUUCCUGUCUGGACAGUCAUCUCCUGGAGCCACUGUCUCCACAUCAUCCGGCCAAAGGCCCAGCACGCUGGCUAUGGAGCAGACACAGCUCCCUGUCACAGGUGCUAGAAAAGCCAAGGUCCUGUAUGACUAUGAUGCCCAUGACUCCAGCGAGCUUUCCCUGUUGGCUGAUGAGCUCAUUACCGUAUACACCGUACCUGGAAUGGACCCUGAUUGGUUGAUCGGAGAACGGGGAAAUGAAAAGGGCAAAGUCCCGGUCACCUACCUUGAACUGCUGAGCUAAUGGAAUAAACAACACACACACAAACUCACGCGCACGCAUCCAUCUUAAACACUUAUGCAAACCUGUUUGGAACAUUUCUAUAAAUACAGAUGACUAGUGAGAGGAAGUUACAGCACACUCUCGUGUUGAGAAACAGUUUCAUUUGAUGAGGCCACAUGGAUCAUUACAGACUUACUCUUACUUAAUGUGUAUUCAGAGUGUGAUAAGGCCACAGUUAAAGCUACACAUCCUCAUUUUGUCAACAGCGCAUUUUGGGUGUUUUUGUCUAAUCAUGAGACCAUUCUGAGACCAAGACCUCGUGUUAUCCAUUAAAGGACCAGUGUAUAGGAUUUAGUGGCAUCCAGCAGCUCUAAUAUGCUGAUUGCAAACAACUGAAACCACUCUACUCAACGUCCAAGAGUGUCGGAUAAACUACAGUGGCUGCCAAACUCUCAAAAAAAAACUGCAAAUGUUUGCAUCUAGAGCCAGUGUUAAGUUUGUCUGUUCUGGGCUACUGUAGAAACAUGGCAGACUCCGCCUCUGUAGAUAAAAACAGCUAAUUUUAAUGUUAUGGAAACACAAUGAUUCUUAUUUUCAGGUGAUUUAUACACCAAUAAAAACAUACCUAUCCAUAUUAUAUUCCAUUUCUGACAAUAGAUCCCCCUAAAUGUUACACACUGGACCUUUUAAUGGAUAAUUCCAGUUAAUUACCAAUAUGUUUCAGUUAUGAUAGCAUUGUAGUCACCAGUGUAACUGCUGAGAUCUUGGAACGUGGCUAUCAGACAAAUAGACCAAUAAUUUAGCCAGAUUAUCUUUGUCUGGAGAUCUGCAAGUACCACACAGUUCAUUCAGUUUGUCUAAACAAGAGUGGCAAUAUUUUUAAAAGUUGUUUUAUGUCACAAUCAAAUGUUUUUUUGUCCUUUAAAUAUUUGGUGCCUGUCAACACCAAGUCUAAUCUGAUACCUACAUGAUGAUUCCAAUGUAUCAGACACAUUAAGAUAACAUCUGUGGCCUGACAUUUUAAAGUGUUUAAGGUGAAACUAUUUAUAUGAUAUGAAUGGAAGUUUCAUUGGGAGGUUCUGACUCCUGACGCCACACAAUCUUCUAGUGAGAAGACGCAUCACUCUGUUGGUGUAACUAUAGAUCUUUAUCUGAUUGUAUGACUGUAUUUCUUGACCUGUUGGACUUCUUUUUAGUCACGCCACUAAGUUUCAAGAUCUCAGUAGUUAAAGUGGUGAGUACAAUUACUGUUAAAACCACAAAAGGGGCAACCACCAUAUAAUAAACUAUUCCUUUUGCAGUUCAAUUCACAAUCUCCAACUGUGACAGCAAAACUGUGUAUUUCAUCAUUUGUUCUUAACACUCAGCAAUACAAAUACACCUAUCAUUUGCUGACAAUGACUUUAAAUUCAAAUGGAAUAGAAAAUCUCUAUUUUUAUGUUGGGUUGUUUGUAAACCUUGUAGUGGUGGAACAUACCAACUGGGAAGCUUGGAAGGUUUGGUUGUAUUUUUCAAAUGCAGAACUUGAUUCAAAACCACAUCAUUUGACCAGUGUAAUGAAACUUAGCUGUAAGAUUGUGAAAUUAUUAUAGUACACAGUAUGUGUUCCCGUACGUGAGUUCCUUGCCCAACACUUCCCUCCCUCAGGCUUUCGUGACUCUCGCAGACAACUUGACAUAAUGUGUACUCAGAGUCAGGUGCUAUAGCUGGUUGGUUCAUAGUUCAGACAAAUCAAAAAAUACAUAUUUUUUACCUGUAGUGCAAUUUAUACAUCUAGAUAGUUGUAGUGUGAGUUGCUGAGUUUUGGAGAUAUUGACCAUAGAGAUGUCUCCAUUCUAGCUGGAAUCAGAUGACACACGGCUUGGGGUGCUCAAAGCAGAUAGUGUAGGAACUAUUUGCUUUCUACUGAACUAUAUCCACCGGUUGUAUCACUGCACAGACUGAGCGCGUAUUUUUGAGCUAGCUAACGUUACAGCUCAGCCGAGGAGGACGCCAUGAAUGUUUAUAUCCUGCGCUGUUACGAGGCUCUCGUCCAUGAGUAGACGCACACUUCCUUCUGUGUAUGUAAAGAAAAAACAUUUCUACAUGACUGCUCACAGCAAGGUCUGUGCAUUACCUUGAGUAACUGGGUCAUGAUUUCUGGAAAGUGACAUUGCUGUUGAAUUUUAAUGGACUUUUUUGUCGCUUUGCGAACCACUAUUCAAGUGCCAUCUGGUUCCAUUAGUCUGGAGAAAAGGUAGACAUCUCUAUGGCCAAUAUUUAAAAAACAUAAUAUAGAUAAAUAACACUACAGGGAAGAGGAAAAGGAUUUUGGAUUUUGGGCUGAAGUGUCCCUUUAAGAGCAGAAUGAUUAGGGUUUGUCGGUUUGCGGUUUCUAAACACCACAUUGAAAGUUGGUUCCUCCUUCACGUCUCAACAACACCAGAAGCUCCUCUUGGAUGUGUGCUUACGAUCUGGCAGCUGGGUGAUAAGUUUUUUAGUCCCGCUGUCACACCCUGCGCGUUGUUGUUGGCGUUUUUUUUUUAGGAAAGUCCUACUCAUUCUGCCAUUAAAUGCGAAUUUCUGAAGCAUGUGUGGAGAAACAUGAUAGAAAUUUCCAACCUCAAACUUGUAAAAAUAUGACUGUAAGCCAUGCCAUUCUGCACUUAAGUGUUUUGCAACUGAGAGCAGCAGUUUGUGGUACCUGGAGGAAAUUAGCAAUCACCACUUAACAUCCAACAGGAACAUGGCACUUCUACUGUGGGAGCUGAUUCAUGUCUUGUUUGCUUAUUUUAAUCAACUCUGAUCUGUGACUAUGUAACGUAUUUAAGGUCCCACGCACUUUGAAUUCAUUUGACUGGCAGCCUGCCAGCUCCCUGACAGAGGAAAUCCCCUUAGUUUACAAAGCUUGUAGUGAGAUGGCAGGCAAAGUAACAUUUUCCACAGAGGUAGAAUUAUUUGAUCUGUCAUUUGUAUAAGUGUGGCAGCAGGGAGAUUUCUGUUUACCAGAGAUGAGCUGGUGAUGUACAGAACAAGUCACAGCAGAGAUAAAGGAAUUACUCAUCAACUUGUGAGAGUGUUGUUGACUCUUUGAUUAUAUCUAACUACAGAUGAUGUAAAGUGCUUGUUUGGAUGGUUUACCUCACCAGUGAGAGUGCAAUAAGUGUGAGUCAUAGUGUGUAGCGUUGUAAGUCUUUCAAAGGGAAUCCCCAAUGUGAUUUCACUUCCCAACAUGCUAUUAAUAGCACCUAGAGUAUCUACUGUAUCUGAGAUCCCAACUGUUCCCAGUGGAUGAUGCUGAAUAUUUUUGUGACUCCCUGAGGUCAGGCUAAAAUAUCCCUCAGUACAUAAGAAAAAAUUUCACUCCUUCCUUCCUUCCUCCAACACCACCUUCAGGACUGCAUUUUAUAUUUUUAGCUCUAUCAGUGAUAAGGCAGUAACAACAGCAGUGUGUUUUUAUAUUUUGAGUGUAUUCGCCAUUGCAUGCCUCUGGGGGGCGCUAGCGAUGCUUUAAACAUUUGGGGCUCUAUCUUGCCGAUCUGAAACGCAAGUAUCAAACGCAAAACGCAAGUAGCUUUGUUGGCGGAUCUCGGGCGCUGUUGCUAUUAUGCCGGCAGGAUAAAUGACUCUUGCGCCCGACGCAAAUCUAAAAUGGGUUGGUCUGAAGUAGCUACAUUACUCAUAGGUGUGGUUUGGGCGUAACGUACAAUAAACCAAUCAGAGCGUCAUCUCACAUUACCUUUAAAAGCAGGCGUGCUUGUUCAAUGGCGGAUUGCUAUUAUAAUGGCAGAUUUGCCAGGGCACGCCAGGAGCGUUCCCCCCCACUCCAUCUCCGUCCACCUGUUCCACCAGGAGCACAUUGCGCAUUGCCACUCCCGGACCUUGAUGUGUCCAAUCCCGCCGUAGCGCACGUCGCAUGCCUAUGAGAGGGAAAAAUAAUUAGUUCUUCUGUUUAAAUCUUUUCAACUUUUCAUUUUCAAUUUGUUUGUUUUUUUGUUUGUUUUUUUGUUCAUUUACCAACAGUUUGCUAUUGAUUUUUCUGUUUGACAAAAUGUAAAUAAAGAAAUGUCACAAAGAUAUACUUUACUAAUAAUAUUUUAGUACAUACUAAUAUUUUUCCGUGUAAUUAUGUAUGGUUUGCAAAAAUGGGAACUGCUUCCUUGUAGAUGAGAGAAGCAAAGUGUAUGCACGUUGCGCACACACUACAUCAUGGCCAAGCAUGCGCCCUUAAAAUCUGAAUAAGCGCCACUGACUUUAGACUAGGUUUUUCCUGGUCUGUUGCGGAAUUGUUUUCUGAAACAGCAAAAUAGCACCAGGGAACAAAAUUGUUUAUAACUGAUUUUAUGUUUGAGGGUUAAAGGACCAAUGUAUUGGAUUUAAUGGCAUCUAAUUGUGUAGUUGCAGAUUGCAACUCCCCCUUUACCCUCCCCUUCCAAUUGCGAAAGAGAAACUAUGGUGGCCAUGCGAAAAAUGCGAAAGGCCCUAUCUAGAGCCAGUGUUUGUGUUGUUUGGCGGACUCCGUAGAAGACAACCCACGCUGUCUUUCUUUAUAAAAUGAUCAUUUUAAGGUAACAAAAACACAAUGAUUCCUAUUUUCAGAUGAUUAUUCACCAGUGAAAACCUGGUUGCAAAUAAUAUUCUAUAUUACUUUAUUUUAUUAGACGACCAGUGUGUAGGAUUCAAUUAUAUCUGGUGGUGAAGACUGACAACAGCUCAGCCUUCCAACUGUGUAGCAGAAACUAUGGUGGCUGUGAAACUUAUGACGAACACAAAAGGCCCAUCUAGAACCAGUAUUUAAUUUGUCUAGAUAUGGUUCAUUCUAAGGUUACAAAAACACAACUUUUCUUAUCAUCGACUCUUCUUUCAGGUGAUUACGUGUCUGUGUGUGUGUGUGUGUGUGUGUGUGUGUGUGUGUGUGUGUAUAUAUAUAUAUGUUUUCAGCGGAGUACUGUGAGUUAAGAUUAUUUUGUCAGAACUUUGAAUAUCCCCUUUCUUUUUUAACCUAACAAGAACACAGCAUUUGCAGCAUGCUAAUUGUAGAAACUAGUGUGCUCUGAUUGGAUAAAACAGCCAUUUACUGUGUGUGUGUGUGUGUGUGUGUGUGUGUGUGUGUGUGUGUGUGUGUGUGUGUGUGUGUGUGUGUGUGUGUGUGUGUGUGUGUGUGUGUGUGUGUGUGUGUGUGUGUGUGUGUGUGUGUGUGUAAAUGAAUCUAGGAUUUCUAAUCACAGUUGUUUUUAUGAGCUGUGUUUCCUGUUGCUAUCAUGUUAUUAAUUUAGUGUGUUGUUACAUGCCUGGGAGAGGAACUGUCUAGAUAUCUUAUUGUCACAUUCUUGUCAUCCUCCAACUUAUGGCCACUGGUUUGAUGUGCAAUAAACAUGCAUGUGUGUUACAGUAA